AUGCUGUGUGCCAGGCCUGGGACGCAGCUCCUGUGGCUGUACAUCUCAGCACCCAGGCCUCACAGGCGAGCUGCUGGAGAUAUGGCGGGCGGGCUCAGACACACGGGCUGGGGGUGGAUCUCUGGAGCAGGCUCCUUCAGUCUGGAUGCAUCCACCCCUUUGGGUUUCUUUCUAUGGGCUGUGGGUUUGGUGGUGGAAAGACCGAAAGCUAACUUUGAAUCCCGAGGAGGCCACUUGUUGGUUAAAUGCCUCUGGUUGGAGACUCUGGGUGAGACCUGGUUUUCACCAGGGAUGAUGAACCAUCGCCGGUGUUUACUGAGGGAAUCAGCCAGGAGCGACAUCGACAUCGGCGCCUAG